UUGAGUUGGUAGAGCGGAAAACAAAUACAAAAUGCAACAAAUUGCAAUAAAAUGUGGAUAAAAGUAUGAGAAAACUGAAGCGCUAUGCACUUUCAAUUGAUUUUUAAUCGAACUGUGCUUAGCUUAGCUUUAGUUUGCGUCCUAAUCGCAAUAUAUGCAUAUAGUCCUGCGGCAAAGAGCGGCAAACGAAAUGCAGGAAGAACUCCGCCAGAUCCUGAGGAGCCGUUGCCGGCCUCCAGCUCUCCGCUGCACCGAUUCAAGAGCGCAGGCAUAGCCACAGAUAACGAUGCCUGCAGCCGGAUCGCCAGCGAAACACUGAAACUUGGUGGUAGCGUAGUGGAUGCUGCACUAGCCGCUUUACUCUGCAACGGGCUUAUUGGUAUGCAAAGCAUGGGACUCGGUGGCGGCAUGAUUAUGAACAUUUACAUGCACAACGAGCGACGAGCAUAUACGAUUCUAAGUCGGGAGAUGGCACCACGUUCCCUGCAUGCGGACAACUUUACGGUGUUUGCGAGCGAACAACAGUUAAAACAAUCUGGCUUGUCAAUUGCUGUGCCCACCGAACUGUUGGGCUAUGCCUUGGCCCAUGAGCGUUUCGGCAAGCUGCCCUGGUUGGAAUUGGUUCGACCUACGCUCUCGCUGUGCCACAGCGGCUAUUCGCUCUACAAACAUCAGUACGAUGCGCUAAUAUUGAAUGCGGACAUGAUCAAAAGCGAUACAUUGUUACGUCAAAUGUUUGUCGAUCCUGUGACGUAUAACUUCUGGCCUAUUGGCAGUCACAUACAGCCACCCAAGCAGCUGUGCGAUACAUAUGAACACAUGUCUAUAGCUGGGCCUGGCAGCUUCUAUAAAGGAUCGCUGCUAGCAAGACUGUACGCUGACUUGCACGACAUUGGCAGUGGCAUAACUAAGGCAGACUUGACGUACGCCCAAGCUGAGCUAAAAGAUUCAAUAGUCGUACCUUUAGAUGAGUAUGAUUUGCACUUGACACCGCCACCAGGCAGCGGUCACAUUCUUGGCCUUAUAUUGAACAUACUUCAUACCUAUCGUGCGGACUUCGCAGCAGGAAGUGACUUAGAUGCUUUAGCAAUCCAUCGCAUUAUUGAGGCUUUAAAAUUUGGAUUUGUUCAACGUUGGCAAUUGGAUGAUAAAGCCGACAAAGUGCUGCUGACCAAGCUAACAAGCUCAAAGUAUGCCGCCAGCAUUGCCAAACUAAUGGAUCAUGCGAAAACCUAUAACAACUCGGAGCAUUAUGGUGCAUCUAGGCAUAUAGAAACGCGUGAUGAGCAUGGCACAUCGCAUAUUUCGGUGUUGCACAACAAUGAUGCUGUUUCAGUAACCAGCUCCAUAAAUUUUUAUUUUGGCAGCGGGCGCAUGGGCAAACGCACGGGCGUGCUCUUCAAUAAUGCCAUGUCUGACUUCUCAAUGAAGCAACUCAAGAACUAUUUCGACUUGCCAUACAUAGAUGGCAUGAAUGUGAUAACACCUGCAGCCCGUCCCAUGUCCUCAAUGUGUCCGGUCAUUGUAACAGAGCGAUCCACUGGACAAGUUCGUUUGGUUGUCGGCGCAGCUGGUGGAACAAAAAUCAUAUCUGCUCUUGUGCCGCUGAUAAUUCGCAUACUCUGGCAACAAGCGAACAUCAAGGUGGCCAUUGAUGCUAAUAGGUUUCAUCACCAGAUGCUGCCCAAUGUGCUGCAAUAUGAAUACGGAAUGCUGCAAGCACAUGUUCACAGCCUGCAAGCCAAAGGACAUCGGUGCGAACGCUAUCGAAAUCGCGGCUCAGUCAUAUGUGGCAUUGCCCAGGAUAACAACAGCAUUAGCAUCAAUUCGGACUAUCGUAAAAUAGGCGGUGUGGCUGGAUUUUAAGCUGGUCACUAGACACAACUAGAUGCUCAUCUUUCUAGGACUCAACUAUCAACAACUCUAAUUUAUAUAAAGCAGAAAAACGUUUAUCUCUAUA